AAUAAUAAUAUAUUCAGCUAUUUUGCUAUCUUUCAAUUUUGUAUCAAUGGCAAGAACAAAGCAAACAACACGAAAAUCGACAGGAGGAAAAGCACCAAGAAAACAAUUAGCAACAAAAGCCGCAAGGAAAUCAGCACCAGCUACUGGAGGAGUGAAGAAGCCUCACCGUUUCCAUCCUGGAACUGUUGCUCUUCGUGAGAUCCGUAAGUACCAGAAGAGUACUGAGCUUUUAAUCAGAAAUUUACCGUUUCAAAUACUUUUAAGAGAAAUAGCACAUGAUUUCAAGACUGAUUUGAGGUUCCAGAGUAGUGUUGUGGCUGCACUUCAAGAAGCAGCUGAGGCGUAUUUGGUGGAUUUAUUUGAGGAUACUAAUUUGUGUGCGAUUCAUGCUAAGAGAGUUACCAUUAUGGCUAAGGAUAUUCAGUUAGCUAGGCAUAUUAGGGGUGAAAGGGCUUAA